AUGCAGAAAGUCGUUGAAGAGACGCCGAAAACUUAUCGCCGCAUAUAUUUGGUGUACGAUGAGUCUGGGGAGCGGAUGACGCUUUGGAUGGUGACGAAUCGCAUGGAAACCCAGCUCGAAAUGUCGUCCACGGACCGCGAGGAAGUUGAGGAGAUUAUUGAGGGAGAGCACGAGCGCCUUCCGCCCCGGACAGUCACACUCCCGCCGGAUUGUUCUGAUCUCCUCGUGUGGAUUCACGCGCCCGCAUUCAAACUCUACCUGUCAAAUUCCAUCGUUGAUGAGGCUCGUGGCUUGCCGCUCGCCCUCGGAAAUACGUUCUGGACGUCGUUGAAUAUGAAAGUGACGCGAAUGAUCAAUCCAAAAGGCGCGGCUUCCACUGCCCAACUGCAGCAAUUUAUCGAGCACGUGAAGCCCGCCGAGUUCUACUACCACACUUGUCUCAACGAUCAUUCGACGAGCCACGAGGAAAGUGCAGUCUUUUUGCAGAGUCCUGCUUUGCGUGCGGCGAAGACGCUUCACCUGGUGCUCGAGACGACAAAUCUCUUCUGGAUACACGCGCUUCGGCCCAAAGACUUGCUGCUCGUUAUCAAAGGCGACGACGGUGAUCCCGCUGAACUGGUCCAUGUCGAGGUCUUUGUUACUGCACUCAUCCAGCGUUGGCUGCACGGCACGGAAGAAUACGGGAAAAUCCAGAUCGAAUCCGUGGUCGAUAAGCUGGGCCGGAUGAUGCGCUCUGAAAUGGGAUGGAUCGAUCGGAAAUACGAGGGAAUGGAGCUCAUUCUCAGAGCCAGCGAUGGACAAGCCUUGCUGGUCUAUUGGGAUGAAGAGAAUGCCUGUUUCUACCUCCUUCCCUGCAACUAUAAUUUUCGACGGAGUCGCUGUCUCGGAAGUUACGAACGAAACGAGGCGGCUCUCGCUAGGAUUUGUGGACUGAUCGUCCUGGCCGAGUUUCGAUCUCGGUACAUUUUGGAGCUUGCAGCGGAGACGCUGAAAUGUGUCGAGAAGGAGUGCGUCAAGUUCAACGCGUACAACAAGGGCGCCACGCAGAUGGAUCUGUUGACGGACGCGAUCUGGCGCCCAAAAUCCCAGCGGCGCUCCCCGUGGGCAACAGUUGACGGUCGUAUCGAGCAGUCGGCCACCUAUCCGUUGAACCCGAUCCACUGGCGCGCGUACGACUACGCGAAGGCGCUCGAGAUGACGGGCCGACUGCCGUCAUUCCCACCGAUAAAU